AUGAUUUUUCUUCCCCCUUGCCUCGGCGCGUGCGUGACGCGUGUGCAGGACCAGUUUGAGGGCGUGGAGCGGCACACGCUGUGGGGCGUGGAGUUCCUCGAACGCUUCUCCAAGUUCGUGAAGGAGCGUGCCGAGAUCGAGAUCGGAUACGCCAAGCAACUGCGGAGCCUGGUGAAGAAAUAUCAGCCGAAACGCAACUCGAAGGACGAGGAUGAGUACAGGUUCUCAUCGUGCCGGGCGUUCCUGGCGGUGCUCAGCGAGCUGACGGACUACGCGGGUCAGCGCGAGGUGGUGGGGGAGUGCCUGUCGGGCGCCGUGGUGGUGGAGCUCUUGCGCUACACGCAGGAGCUCAAGACCCAGCGCAAAGCCCUGGUUCACGAUGGACGAAAGGCUCAGCACCACGUGGAGAGCUGCCUCAAGCAAAUGGAGACGAGCAAGAAGAAGUUUGAGCGCGACUGCAAGGAGGCGGAGAGGUCGCUGCAGAACUUUGAGAAGCUGGACUGCGAUAUCAACGCCACCAAAGCCGACGUUGAGAAGGCGAGGCAGAACUCGACGCUGAGGCGCACGAUGGCGGACGAGAGCAAGAGCGAGUACGCUUCGCAGCUGCAGCGCUUCAACACGGAGCAAAAGGAACACUACCAUGGCGUCAUGCCCAAAGUGUUCCAGGGUCUGCAGACGCUGGAGGAGGGCCGCAUCGUGCGGCUGGGCGAUGCGGUGAAGCAGUUUGCUGAGUCGGAGCGCCGCGUGUUGCCCAUCGUCGCCAAGUGCCUGGAGGGCAUGACCCGGGCCGCCGACGCCAUCAACCACGGCAAUGACUCUCAGCUCGUGAUAGAGAUGUGCAAGUCCGGCUUCGAGCGCCCGAGCGACGUCGACUUUGAGGACUUCAGCCAGUACAUCGGCAAGGCCUGGCCCGAAGCGUCAGGCAGCGGCGUAGGCGGUGGCGGCGGCGGGGGCGGAGGCGGCGGUGGCGGUGGGGGCGGUGGAGGCGGCACGCUGACGUCGGCACAGCGCUCCGACGGACGUCCCGACAUACGGGGCAGCGUCGGCCGCUCCAAGACCAAGCUGUGGCUGUUUGCCAAGAAGAGCAAGAAGAAGCUCAGUGUGAAGGGGCCCGUGCCGUGCGAGGACCAGAGCCACCUUCCCCCCGAGCAGCGGCGCAAGAAGCUGCAGAGCAAAAUCGACGACUACAACCGCGACAUCCAGAAGGAGGUGGAGCAGAAGGAAGCGCUGCACAAGAUGAAGGAUGUGUACGCGCGGAACCCGCAGAUGGGAGACCCCUCCAGCCUGGAGCCCAAGCUCAGCGAGAUCGGCCAUCGCAUCGACCGCCUGCGCCAAGGCCUGCAGAAGCACGAGACGUGGCUGGCGGAGGCCGAGGGCCGUGCGGUGGGCAAGGCCGACACGCCGCGGCGUCACAGCAGCGUGCUGUUCGAGCAGGCGGGGUCGCCCAGGUCGGGAUCGGCCAACGGGCCCAGCGCUCGCGAGAGCAGUCCCGACGGGAGCUACACGGAGGACCACAGCCACAGCGGCGGGCACACGGACUUCGACGACGAGUUCGACGACGACGCGCCGGCUAUCGGGCGCUGCCGGGCUCUCUACACCUUCGACUCGGAGAACGACGGCACGGUGCCGCUGCACGAGGGCGACUCGCUCGACGUGCUGGAGGAGGACCGCGGGGACGGCUGGACGCGCGUCCGGCACGGCGAGCGCGAGGGCUACGCGCCCACCUCCUACCUCGAGAUGCUGCCGCCCGACCCCGGCACCUCGGGCCAUACUUCACCCGAAUCCGCCGGGCAGGGCGCCAUGACCUACAUUUGAGCGACGACGACCGCCACCGCCACCACGGGCCCGGCGCUUUGCUCCCGGGAGCGGGCGGCGAAGUUGACGCGGGACAGACGAAUUCUGGGAGGUCUCGCCGCGGUUCGCGUCCGCGCCGUGAGGUUUUUACCGAGACUCCCGUCGAAAGGGG